AUGACUUCAAAGACUUGGAAAGUGGGUAUUGUUGGAUAUGGGUUGAGCGCCAAGGUAUUUCAUAUACCAUUUAUCAAUGCUCUGCCUGAAUUUACCUUGUAUGCGAUCGUACAACGAAAUCCGAGAGAGGGAAACGAUGCAGCAAAAGAUUUCCCUACAGUGAAAUGCUUUCGUGAUCAAGAAGACUUAUUCCAGGAUAGUAUGGUGGAUGUGGUGGUGAUUUCUACUCCGACUGAUUCCCAUUUCCCAUUGGUCAAGUCAGCGCUUCUUGCACAGAAACAUGUGGUUUGUGAGAAACCGUUCACGCGUACAGCCAGUGAGGCUGAUGAGCUUGUAGCCCUAGCCGAUGCAGAACAGAAGCUCCUCACUGUGUUUCAUAAUCGUCGCUGGGAUACCGAUUUUGUCACCUUGGUCGAGUUGAUGAACAAUGGCGCAUUGGGUCAAGUCACCGAAUACGAAACGCGCUUUGAGUUCCCCCAUAUCAAGCAAGCCGUCCAAAAUCUUCCAAUCGUGACAAUUGCCAACGCACAGAUCAAUGCAGUUUAUGAUUUGGGAACACAUCUUCUAGAUCAGGCGGUCCAGAUAUUUGGCUUUCCCCAAAGAGUGACUGGCUUCAUUGGCGAUCAAACGCAAGAAGAGGGUUCGUCUGAAUCAAACAACAUUUUCACAGUGCUGAUGCACUACGAGAACGACGUACUUGUUACUGCGAAAGCUGGGAGAAUUAGUCCGGAUGAGAAGCCCCUCCGUUUUUCUGUCGGGGGAGAUAAAGGAAGCUUCAAGAAAUUCUACAUGGAUAUACAGAAGGAACAUAUCAUGGUGGGAAAGUUUCCUGGCGACGCUGGAUUUGGCCUCGAACCAGUGGAAAGAUAUGAAAUCCUCCCUGCCGAGAAAAAUGACGGAUCUGUCUAUCAAGAGAUGAUUAAAACUGUUCAACGACCACCCACCUGGGCUGAAUAUUACCGAAAGUUAGCCUAUGCUCUAAGUGGACAGGGAGCUGUACCUGUGAGCGGCGCUGAAGCUCGUGAUAUUAUUCGGAUUAUCGAAUUGGCAUUACAGAGUUCAAAGCUGGGAGAAAGCUUAGCUUUUUCUCGGUGA